AGCGGUCGCCCCGCCCACCUCAAUGUGUCAUCUUCCCGGUCCAAUGCGGAGGCGCCCCAUCACCGAGCCCCUGGCCUUCAGAAACGGAAGGGGCGGGGCCAGCGCUGCGGAGCGGGGGGUUCGCUGCUUGACCCUUUUGCUGCGGAGGGAUGGCGGCGGCGGCGGCGUGGCUCGGAGGAAAGCGGCAGGCAGGGCUGUGGCCGCGGCGGCGGCUCCGCUUAGGACCGACCCUCCUGCUGCUCCUCCUCCAGCUCUUGUUUCUGUGGCCACCUGGCCCGGCCGAGGCUGGCCAGCUGUCCAAGUGGCGACUGCCGGUGCCUAUGGGGAAGAAAUUUUUUAACUUCGGAAACAUCCUCUUCAGCAACACUACAAUUUUCUUAAAGUUUGAAGGCAAUGAAUCUGCAUGUGAUCCUUCUCAAGGUUACAAUGUUAGCUGGUACUUGAGAUAUUCUGAUUGCUACAAUGAAGUCUUCAACUUUGGGGAUGAGCAGGCAGAUAUAUAUUUUCUGGACACCUCAGAAGAACGCUUGGGUUGGUCAGGAUACUAUGCAAUGUCUUCACUCUACUUCCCCAACUGUUCUGAGCUCUUCAAACCACAGAAUUUCUACACUGAAUUUGUUCAUCCAGAACUCCUCUCAAAUGGAAAACAAGAGAUAUCAAAGGACAGAAGAGAGAAUGGAACUAACAUUACUACUGUAGCAGAGACCCCUCCAAUGAAUGCUGUGAUGAGAACCUGGCAAGAUGGGCCUUAUAUCUUUAUUGUGCACAUUAGCUUUCCAUCCUUGAAGGAAGGCAGUGUGAAAGUUAAAGAAACAAGUGAUGGAUUCCCGAAAGUUCCAGUUUCCUCUGGUUCACAAGAGGCACUUUUUACCAUGAUUGUGGAAGUGAAGGGUCCCUAUGAGUACCUCUCUCUAGCAGAUUAUCCUCUCAUGAUUUUUUUCAUGGUGAUGUGCAUUGUAUACGUAUUGUUUGGAGUUCUGUGGCUGGCAUGGUCAGCUUGCUACUGGCGGGACCUCCUGAGGAUCCAGUUCUGGAUUGGUGCAGUUAUCCUACUGGGAAUGCUGGAGAAAGCUGUUUUCUAUGCAGAAUUCCAGAAUAUCCGCUACACAGGAGAAUCUGUCCAAGGGGCACUGAUACUGGCUGAGCUCCUUUCAGCACUGAAACGUUCACUUGCUCGAAUUCUUGUCAUUAUUGUGAGCUUGGGAUAUGGCAUAGUCAAACCUCGCCUUGGAGUCACUCUUCACAAAGUAGUUGUUGCUGGAUCCCUCUAUUUACUAUUUUCUGGCAUGGAAGGUGUCCUGAGAGUCACAGGGUCUUUCCAUGGUGUUACAGCUUUGGUAGCUAAUGUCGGGCUGUCUAUCAUUGACUCGUGUAUUAUUUAUUGGAUAUUUAUCAGCUUGACUCAGAUAAUGAAGAUGUUAAAACUUAGAAGGAAUGUUGUGAAACUUUCUCUCUACCGACACUUCACCAACACACUCAUCUUGGCAAUAGCAGCAUCUGUUGUCUUUGUCAUCUGGACAACUCUGAAAUUCAGGCUGGUAGAUUGUCAGUCAGACUGGCAGGAGCUGUGGGUAGAUGAUGCCAUUUGGCGGCUUUUGUUUUCAAUGAUUCUUUUUGUCAUCAUGAUUCUUUGGAGACCAUCUGCCAACAAUCAGAGAUUUGCCUUUUCACCGUUGUCUGAGGAAGAGGAGGAUGAUGAACAGAAGGAGCCAAUGUUGAAAGAAAGCUUUGAGGGGAUGAAAAUGAGAAGUUCAAAACAAGAAUCAAAUGGAAAUCCUAAAGCCAACAAAGCAGUCAAGCAGGAAGAUGAUUUGAAAUGGGUAGAAGAGAAUGUUCCUUCUUCAGUGACUGAUGUAGCUCUCCCAGCACUUCUGGAUUCUGAUGAGGAAAGAAUGAUCACACAUUUUGAAAGAUCCAAAAUGGAAUGAAGAAAGAUAACACUGCAGAACAAGGCUUCCUGCUCCUGGAGAAAAGGAACUUCUCUCUCCUUUGGAAUGUUCCAGUGCUGCAUCCUUCUGAUGUGUUCCAUGAUCUUUGGAACCAUACAUUGUUCACAGAGGGAGAGCAUUUUACUUGAGUCACUAUGGAAGGGAUUAGAUGCUUGUUGGUAAACCUACGGGCCAUUUGGAUUUGCAUUGUUGCUGAAGGUGUGUUUUUAAACAAUGGAAAUGCCUGUUAUUACAGCACAUUGUUUAUUUUUAAAUGUUUAAGUCAAACUAAAACUGGUUUUACAACUGCCUGAGAAACUAUUAAUUCAAUAUUACAGCUAAAUCCCAUCUGUUUCAACUACAAGGGGGUAAGGGUGUGUGUGUGUGUGUGUGGGGGGGGAGAGUUAGGAAUAAUUUCCCCUAACCAGUCUGGAUGAUUCACUCAGAGCAGAAGCAAGAUUUGUCCUGUAUACCAGCAGUCCCCAACCUUUUUGGGACCUUGGACCGGCUGAGCCUCUGAGGAAGGUGGGGCACCUCCCCCUAAUGCACACUCUCAGGCACAUGUACAAAGUGGUGGGGGAGCAUGCACGCGCCCACAAGCGCCAACAUGAGUGCUUCCUCACCCCUUCACACAUGCGCAGGAGCACCUGCAUGCCCACCCACCCCUUCACGCAGGUGCUCGGGCACAUGCAU